AUGGCUUCUCAAGGCCUUUCAAGAAAGCGCCCUGCUCCGGGGACCUCUCCUGUAUCAUAUCCUCAGCAGAUGCACAAUCCGACUGCCCCUGCUUUUGCCGAUGGAGUGGGCCCUCAACUCUCUAAUGAUCAGUUCCUUCAGUGGGGUCAAGCCGGCCAGAACAACCUUCCUCAGUACAAUGAGAAUAACUUUGCCAUGAACUCCAAUACCUAUCCUCAAGCCAAUCCCCAGCCCUCAAAUCAGCUCACGCGCCGGCCCAUGGCCCAACUCAGCAGCCGCGGUCGAGUCGACGAAGAUCCGCCAUCAUGGGUCGAGGCUGGAAACGCUCAAGCACCCAAACCAGAUCCCGGAUGGUCAGACGACAUAGCUGACCUGGAGGCAAAGGCCCAAGUUGCAAAGAAAGAGGCACAAGCAAAGAGAAAACAAAUUCCACCUUUUGUCCAGAAACUCAACAGCUUCCUCGAAGAUGGCAAGAACACCGACCUUAUCCGUUGGUCAGAUGAUGGUAACUCAUUCAUUGUCCUGGACGAAGAUGAAUUUGCCAAAAAGUUGAUUCCUGAAUUGUUCAAACAUAACAACUACGCUUCCUUCGUCCGACAACUCAACAUGUACGGCUUCCACAAGAAAGUGGGUCUGUCAGAUAAUUCAAUGAGGGCGAGUGAGAGAAAAAACAAGAGCCCUAGUGAAUACACCAAUCCUUACUUCCGAAGAGGUCACCCAGAUUUGUUGUGGCUGAUCCAGAAACCCAAGAACAUCACUGGGACAGGUAACAAGAGAAAGGGCAAAUCCGAGAACGACGCCAAUGAAGAUGAUCCUGACGACUAUGUCGACGAUAUCGUUGUCAACAAUCCAGAAGCUCGUGUUCGUAGUCGACCUGGCCAGCUUACCCUUGGCCAAGCAGAGACCGCUUUGACCCAGGAGCAAUUCCAAAGUGUUCAGCGAGAAUUGGCCGCCAUACGUCACCAACAAGGUCAGAUUUCCCGAAUGAUGCAAGCAUUGAAGCGGGAACAUGAACAGCUCUACGGCCAAGCGGCAACAUUUCAAGACCAACACAAUCGACAUGAGAACUCCAUCAAUGCCAUUCUUACCUUCUUGGCUACCGUCUACAACCGUAGCCUCCAAGGCCAUGAUGCUAUGCAAGGAAUGCAAGGAAUCGCAAACAUGUUUGGUAACGCCAUGCCUGUUGAUACGAGUCAAGCAAAUGUUGUCGACGUGGGUGACUUUACUUUUGAUAACCUUGUCAGUCCAGAAGCAGGUCUCGCCAAAUCGUUUAAGAAACAACAGCUUCUGCUCACCGAUGGACAACAAGGCAGAGCAAGCACUCUCUCCCCUCGAGAUACUUCCAACAACAGCCCAUACCCUCAACGUGCACGCCUCUCAAACCAGCACAUUGAGACCACCCAGCAACCCCAUUUGUCACCCAACCUGGAAGAAGUCUUUGAUCCAGGAGUCAACGGUACCAACACUGGUGUACAGCCGAAUGUGCAGCAUCGCAAUGCGAACAUUCCUCAACGUGACAUGAUGUCGAUGAUUCAAAAUGCAAACGCACGGAAUUCCGCCUCGCCGUCGACUCCGCAGCAAGACUUCAACAGCGUUCUCAAUAGCCUCGAGGCUUCUGGUGGAACUGGCCCACUGAAUAGCUCUCAACGCUCUGAAGUCCUUCGCAUGAUGAAUGACUCUGCCCGCCAACCUUCCGGUUCGGAUAAUGCAUUGAUCAAUUCUACGCCGCCGCCAGGGCCCGCCAAUUUCCAUAGAAACCUUGCCAGUACCAAUGCGGAUCUCGACCAUCUCGCCAAGCUUCAAGCAGAACAGGACAAAAGCGUCCAGAACCUCACCAACCUUCUGCAACCAUUGAGUCCCACUGGGUCUAUCCCUGGUAUUGGUGACGGCCAAUCUCUCCCCGCUCCGCCACUGGAUAUUGAUGACUUUCUCAAUAACAGUGACUAUUUUACUGACUUCCCCACCGAUGCUAACGGGAACUACGAUUUCGGAAACACUGGCCUCGGCAACACUUCGACUAACCACAACACAGCAGGGACCAGUGGUCUCGAUUUCGGCGACUACAAGGACGAUGAUGAGCUGUUUGGCAACCUAAGCCAGUCCAGCAAACAACAAGGAUUUGGCAAGAACUAUGAUUACAACCCUUUGGAUGGCACAGCAGACACUAAAUACGAUGCUUCGAGCGAUUUCGAAGGCGGUGGCCGUAUCGAGAGUGUGCCGAGCAGCGAGGUUACUACUCCAAAUAGCACUGAUGUCCCUCCUGCGACCACCGUCCGUCCAAAGGGAAGAAAACUGAGCAGUAUCGACGACGAUUCUACUACGAGAAAGAGACGACGAUCUUGA